AAAAAAAUGAAAAAUGGCAAUAAACAUAAGCUAUCUUCUCUUGUGACGUCUCUUGUGAGCUCUAUCUUCUCCCUUUUUCGAUUUCCCGAGCAUCAGAUUAACAAACAUGGCCACCACUGGAAACAAGAAUAUCAACGCCAAACUGAUAACAUUUUCAACGCAAUUGCUAAGCUGGGAUUUACCGAGCCAACACCAAUACAAGCUCAGGGAUGGCCAAUGGCUUUAAAGGGUGAAGAACCUGUUUCUUUGACUAAGAGAAGAUUCAGGUCUAAGAAUAUUGAACCUAUACCUUUUUGGAAAAUGCAGGUGGUUCCUUUCAAUGAAAAAUUGGUUAAGGCCAAGAAGAGGUGCCAUUGGUGUGGAACCAGAGGAUGUGAGGAUUUGGUUAGCUGUUUGAGUUGUGGAAGAGAGUUCUUUUGUGUAGAUUGUAUCGAUAAAAGGUAUCUUGAGUUAUUAUGUUUACUCUCGUACUUAUCUUGUUUACAGAGAGCACUGGUCUUUCUCAUUAGAGUUUAGAAUCAUCAUCUAGAUUAGUAGUUCCAUCAUAACAUAGUUAUAAUAAGAAGUAAUUCCAGUAGAUUCAAUUAGUUUUAUGGAGCUAGGAUGUAGAGACGAUUAAUCAUUAACCUACGGUAAAAUGUUAGGAUACUCUUUCCUGCAAUUCUCAGCUGCAGUAACUUCAUUUGGGAUUGUUUCUGCAACUUCUUUGUUUCUAA